AUGUGGAAAUCCAGCUAUAUCAUACUGGUGUGUUUGGUGACGACAAUAUCCAGUGAACAAAAUCAGGUCAGAGAGAAACACAAAAGAGAGGUCAGUACUACCUCAGCGUGGGGAUCUUGGGGAGAAUUUUCAGAGUGCAGUAGAACUUGUGGGGGCGGUGUUUCCGAACAAACUCGACCGUGUCUGAGACGACGAGUUGGUUCGAGGUUUUUCAGUGUAGGAGAGCAUUGGAACUGUGUUGGGUUAUUUAAAAAACACAAAUCUUGUAAUCCAGAGCCCUGUCCGGGAGAUAGUAAAGACUUCCGGCAAAUACAAUGUGAAGCCUUCAAUGACACGCCGUUUAUGGGGAGAAUAUACGAAUGGGAACCUUUUUUGAAAGCACCAAACCCAUGUGCAUUAAAUUGCCGUGCCAAAGAUUUUCAGUUUUAUGUAAAACUGGCAGAAAAAGUUAUUGAUGGAACUCAGUGUACACCUGGAUCACAGGAAAUCUGUGUCGAUGGGCAAUGCAAGGAAGUUGGAUGUGAUGGAGUUCUUGGUUCAGCAAAGAAAUUUGAUGAAUGCGGUGUCUGUGGAGGUGAUAACACAGAGUGCCAGAUAAUGUCUGGUAUCUGGAUGACUGUUACUAUGGAUGUUGGUUACCAGAUGGUUGUCAAGAUACCGAGAGGAGCCACCAAGAUCAAUAUAACUGAACUGGCCAAGAGUAGAAACUAUCUGGCUGUGAAGAGUGCCAGUGGUAUAGGCUACAUCAACAGUGAUUGGUCGAUAAAUAAGCCAGGUCGCUUUAGUAUCGCAGGAACAAUGUUUGAGUAUAAGCGCCCUUUAGAUCCAACAGCUAGUAUAGGUGAACAACUUCUUUCUGAUGGACCAACGAUAGAAGAGUUGGAUGUGAUGUUGAUAUACCAAACUGAGAAUUCAGGUGUUUAUUAUGAAUUCAUAAUGCCAUCUGGAAGAGAAGACACUGAAUCCGAACUUGGUGACACAGUGGAAGGAACUGGCUCUGACCAACCACAGCCAGGCUUUCCUGCUGGAGGCUAUUACCUCCAGACCAACCCAAGACAACUAAUAAGACCUGCCCCAGGAGUCACUGGAGGAAAUGGUCAAAGAGGAUCAAGUAUACCUGGACCUUACCGUCAAACUGGACAUGGUGUUGAGAAUACAGGAGGAAACUUUGGAACAAAUUAUAACACAGGUGGAAGGUAUCCAGUGAACUCAGGAGGCCGACAAUCUGGAAAUUCAGGAGGGCGUCAAACUGGAAGUUCAGGAGGGAGACGCACUGGAAAUUCAGGUGGAGGACGCACUGGAAAUCCUGGAAGAGGAGUCUUCACAGGUCCAUCUUAUCCUAAUUACGGACUAGGAACAAACCCUGGAAUCCAGUUACAGCCACCAUAUGGUACCAGAUAUAAUUCUGGUAUCCAGCCUGAUAUUCCAUCUGCUUCCAACAGUAGAACUGUUGGAUUGCAACCACCGUAUGGAGUUGGCAGUGGAGCUGUGUUACCAAGAUAUCAAGGAGCAGUUAACCCACCAUCUGUCAAUCCAGGAAUCCAGACUGGUGCUAAUCCAGGAGUCCAGUCUGGCUAUCGACCCAGAAUUCCUGGUGUUUACCCUGGUGUUAACACUCCACCAGAUGGUGAUGUGGUUUCUGGUGGCUCACACAAUCCUUAUCAAUCUGGCACCUCUGGUGUAUCUGUGGAUGAAUCUAGGCCAUCACAAGUUAAAUACAUGUGGAGAGAAAAUGGAAUGACACAAUGUUCACAGUCUUGUGCUGGAGGAACUCAACAUAGUUUAGUGCAGUGUUUGACUGAGAAUUCAUUGUAUGUUGUGGCAGAUAGUAAUUGUAAUGUAAGACGCAAACCAAGAGCAAGGACAAUAGCAUGUAACACAGAUCCCUGCCCUCCAAGGUGGGAGACAGCACAGUGGGGUGAGUGUAGUCGAACUUGUGAUGAGGGUGUACAGAUAAGACAAGUCACAUGUAUGCAACAGUUAGGGAGGUCAGUAGACACACAGGUAUCUGCUGCUAAGUGUGUUUCAUUGAUACCAGAAACUACACAGAAGUGUCUGAUAAAGGAAUGUCCAGUGUGGAACACUGGCAAGUGGACUAAGUGUUCUGUAGUGUGUGGACAUGGUGUCCGUACAAGAAAAGUGACAUGCGAAGAUCCAAGUGGUGUAGUAGAAGACAGACUCUGCAUACACAUGGCUAAACCAGCUGAUACAGAAGGCUGUGAAAUGAGAUCAUGUGCCAAGGAUUGGUACUUCUCUGAAUGGUCAGAUUUGUGUUCUGAACAGUGUGGUCCUGGAGUACUAACUAGACAUGUAUUCUGUGCUGGGCAUGGUGAAGAGGAUGCUGUUGCUAGAACUGAGUGUUUUUCAAAUGAUGACCCAAACACACCAGACCAUGUCACAAUGGUGCAUUGUUCCUCAGAAUGUGGUGAUGGCAAACAGAGUCGUACUGUGUUGUGUGUUAAUAUGAGGAAUGCUGAUAACUAUCAUGUGGUGUCUUCGGGUGCAUGUCAGACAUCAGAUAAACCAUCUACUACACAAUUCUGUAAUCUUAAACCUUGCCAGGCACAAUGGUAUAAGACACAAUGGACUGAGUGUACAAAAACGUGUGAUGGCGGCAGUAGAAGCAGAGAGAUAAAAUGUCUGGAUGAGGAAGGCCAUCAUACUCAAUAUUGUAGUGAUGAUAAUAAACCUUCAACCAGAGAAAGUUGUAAUAUUAUGCCAUGUCCUACAAGAUUACCUGAUGGAGCAUGUAAAGACAAGUUUUACAACUGUAACAUUGUAUCACAAGCCAGACUCUGUCAAUAUUCCUAUUAUAAGAAGGAAUGUUGUUUCUCUUGCUAUGGAAGGUGA